GUGGACUCAUGUAACCUGGAGGUUGAGAAUUUCUUUAAUAAUCUGAUUUUUUUUUUACGUUGUGGGAAGUUUUACUUGUAGACACCUGCUGCCUAACCAGGUGUUAUCAUUUAAAAUGUGCAUGGAAGAAAGGUGAUUAUUAUAUAUCACUGUCUGUACUGUGCAUCUUCUUUUACAAAAGACUUCAAUCCAGAAUAUGGCUAAAACAGAUUUAUAAAUUCAGACAUGUUCACACAGUCAGUAAAAAACUCUUCUGCCGUUUUCAUAAAAAAGAAGUGAGUUUAAAUAACAGAUGUUUUUUCAAUAGACAUUUGACUCAAAGAAGUAUUUUAAAAAGCAAGCAGUAACUCCACUGAAGAGUGAGAAUGUUUUCCUUUCCUCUUCUUUCAUGUUCAGAUGAAUUAGUUACAAAAGAAUCUGUAAAUAGGCUUUCAACUGCUUAGGGCAAAGAUUUUAACCCGAGAAAGGAUAGAAAUUCUGUACUAAAAAAACUGCAACUUUGAAAGUUGAAGCCACAUUUUCUCUCUAGUCGCUCUAGUCAGAUUUACACAGAAGGAGGGUUGGGGAUAUCGUCUCCAUCUCUUACAGUAGAGGAAUGAUUACAGACACUAAUAAUGCUUUCAACUUACAAACAUGUGUCACACAUGGUUAUUGUAAUAAAAUAGACUUGAACCUUUCACUUUAAAUUGCAAUGACUUUGUCUUUACGCACCAAUAUAUUUCACAACAAUACAAGGUGUUUUAAUCAAGCUGCUUGAUCACUUGGCGUGAUAAACAUGAGCAGCUCUGAUAUGUCUGAGCAAAGCUCCACCCACUCUCUGAGUCAACACAGACAAACAGGAAACACACCAUUCCUUGUUCAUGAGGAAACACACCAACACACAGUGAGCGACAGACAAUAAAAUUCACCUUCACACCAACACAUACAUCCACUAACAGAGGACAGCUGCAGGAGGGAACGCUGGGAUUACUCUUCUAUCAGAGACAAAAUGUCUUCCAGACCAGACGAGGAUCUCUCCUGUCCCGUCUGCCAUGAUAUCUUCAAAGAUCCUGUUGUUCUGUCGUGCAGCCACAGUUUCUGUAAAGCCUGUCUGCAGAGAUGGUGGAGGGAGAAAAAAACACGGGAGUGUCCGUGCUGCAUGAGGAGAUCUUCAAAGACCGAUCCACCUCGUAACUUGGCAUUAAAGAAUCUGUGUGAGGCCUUUUUAUUGAAGAGCAAUCAGAGAGCUUCAGCGGCGUCUGAGCCUUUCUGCAGUCUGCACUCUGAGAAACUCAGACUCUUCUGUCUGGACCAUCAGCAGCCAGUGUGUGUCGUCUGCAGAGAUUCAAAAACACACACAGACCAUAAAUUCAGACCCAUCGAUGAGGCUGCACAGGAUCACAGAGAGCAGCUCCAAAUAACUUUGAAACCUUUAGAAGAGGAACUGAAGCUGUUUGAACAAGUUAAAGGAAACUGUGAUCAAACAGCACAACACAUUAAGGUCCAGGCCCAACACACAGAGAGGCAGAUUAAGGAGCAGUUUAAGAAGCUUCAUCAGUUUCUUCAAGAGGAAGAGGAGGCCAGGAUCACUGCUCUGAGGGAGGAAGAGAAGCAGAAGAGUUGGAGGAUGAAGAGGAAGAUGGAGGCUCUGAGCAGAGAGAUAGCAGCUCUGUCACACACAGUCAGAGCCACAGCGGACGAGCUGAGAGCUGAAGACGUCUCAUUCCUGCAGAACUACAAGGUUACAGUGGGAAGAGUCCAGCAGCGCCUCCUGCUGGAUGAUCCACAGCUGGACUAUCUAUCAGGAGCUCUGAUAGAUGUGGCCAAACACCUGGGCAACCUGACCUUCAACAUCUGGAACAAGAUGAAGAAGAUGGUCUCCUACAGCCCUGUGAUUCUGGAUCCCAACACCGCCGACCCAGAGCUCGUUGUGUCUGAGGAUCUGACCAAUGUGAGAUCUGGAGAUCGACAACAGCUUCCAAAAAAUCCAAAGAGGACCAAAUUCUCCUGCUCUGUUUGCGGCUCUGAAGGUUUCAACUCAGGGACUCACAGUUGGGACGUUGAUGUGGGAGAAAACAAGUACUGGGAACUGGGCGUGUUGGGAGACAAGAUCCAGAUGAACAAACAGCUACAGUGCAGAAUUUUGUUCUCCAACGGGAAACUCACAGCGUUCUCUAAUUCAGGCUCAGAGAACGACCUGCCACUGAAGAAGAAGCUCCAGAGGGUCAGAGUUCAGCUGGACUUUGACAAAGGAAUGCUGUCCUUCUCUGAUGCUGAUACUAACACACGCAUACACACUUUCAAACACACUUUCACUGGCACCGUGUUUCCACACAUUUACACAGAGAAUCGCCUCCCACUGAGGAUUGUACCAGCGAAGGUCUGUGUGACGGUGGAAAAGCACAGUUAGAGAUUAUUAUGAUAGGGUUGGGAAAUAUGACAAUAUCUACUGUGAGAUGAAACUUGUAAGAUGUCACAGAUGUUUGUUUACUUUUACCAAGCUGUCUUUUUCAUUAUGUAUUAGACAACUGUGGGCAGUGCUGGAUUUUGAAUAUUGAUACAUCAAUGAAAUUAAUCCUAACCCUAUACAAAAGGAUUUCAGCACCUUACUAUGAGGAAUAUAAACAUAUUUCUCGACAAAAUCCUCUUCUGUUUAACAAAGAAAGCCUUUUUUAAUGCUUUGUUUGUUGUUUGGGAAUCUUUUUUUUUUAUUUUAAAAGGAGCCAUUUGUAAGUUUUGCUAUCGCUACAUAGCUAACGUUAGCACGCUAACCAGCUAGCCCCAGGCCCAUGUCCUCGCUUUCCAACAGCGACUCACUGUAGCCUCCAAUCUGCCCCAAAGACGAAGCACUGCUCAGAGGGCGUGUUAUAACCUCAUGUCUUGUAAACGUAACGAUGGAUGACGCACCACCAAACGCUCCUGGCAAGAAACCACGUUCAGUGGAAGGGAAAACUUACAAACAGCUUCUUUAAAUCAAUGCUGAAACAAAACAAAUUUCAACUGUUUUCUUUAAUAUUUAUCUUGAUUUUUAAGAAUUUAGCUUCUACUAAUCACAUUUAUAACACAACUAACAGAAACUGUGAUAAUUAACCAUCAAACCUAGAUAAGCUAAAGAUAUGAUAAGGGAUUUUUUGGCUUUGGAGCUGAACAUAUCCAGGUAUUUUAACCUUGGAUCAAAAAUGAAACUGGUCGUACUAGUGAUGAUGGUAACGAAGCUGUGAUUACAUUUUUACAGAUAGUGUGACACUGUCUCUUUACUUUCUUUGUGUGGUGUAAAUAGUUUUGAAAGAGGAUGAGAUCAGAGGAAUAACAGUUGAUGAGAAGAGGGAGUUUUUGUUUCAUAGGACAGACAGAAGGGCGGCGUUACUUAAAAAUGUGUGUUAAGCUAUUAAUGUCAACAAAACUGAUGAUUUUCUACAGCAGAAACCAAAUCUAUAGGUUGUUGUGAUUUUUGUCUCAUUUUUCUUUGGGUAAUUCUGAUUGUGGGACCAAUAAAAAUUAAGUUAAAACAACAGUUUAUAUUUACUGUACGUUGUGUGUUAAUCUUUAAAUAUUAAGACAGUCUCAACAAUUUUAACUCAUGAGGACUUUUCCUAUCUUUAUGAUCACAUGAAUAUUUGUUCCAUCUUCAGUUUGGCUUCUGUGAACGAUAAAUAUCCACAGUAUUGUUUGAACUUUUGAAGACGUUGGAUUAAGAGAACUUUACCUUAGGCAGUAAUUGUGAGUGAAAGAGAAAGUCCUAAGGGGGCUAUGGCGUUUGGAGAG